UCCUCACUUCUAUAUAAAUAUUUUUGCUGUUAGUCUUUACUAUCCUGUUUCCUCUAUAGUUUCCAAAUACUUCUUGCUUAUUUCUGAUUUUUACCUGAAUACGUACCAGAGAAAACAUGGCUGAGGCUAUUGUUACUGAAGUUGCUAAGGAAAUACUAAGCAAGCUGAUUCCACUUGUUACCGAGCAGAUCGGGCUUGCUUGGGGUUUCAAGGAGGAGCUGACACGGCUUCGUCAGUCAGUGGAGAUGAUCCAAGAUCUGCUGGCUGAUGCAGAGAGAAAGCAAGUGACUGACCUGUCAUUGAGGCGCUGGCUGCAGAGACUUCAAGAUGUUGCUUAUGAUGCUGAUGAUGUGAUGGAUGAGCUUGCGUAUGAGAUUCUCCGGCGAAAGGUAGAGAUCCGAAAUCAAAUGAAAAGAAAGGAAAUGUGAGGUUCUUCCCACUCUCGGGCUUCUACCUUGUCUUAGGGAUCUUGAAAUAAGUGGGAUGGAUAAUGUAAGAUCUAUAGGAACCGAGUUUUACGGCGACUAUAAUGAUGGUGGUUACGACAAAAUAUUGUUCCCGUGUUUGAAAAGUCUUGAAUUGGUGCGGAUGCAAAAUCUAGUUGAACGGAUGGAUGCGAUGGAGCCAACAACAACGGGAAUGGUGUUUCCUUGCCUUAAGAAUUUGUCCAUUAGUACCUGUGAGCAACUGGAAAGUGCUCCAUGUCAUUUUCCUUCUCUUGAGGAAUUUGAUAUUUCCCAAACCAAGAGCACGACAUUUGAAAAAAUUAGCAGCAAGCUUACCACACUAACGUCUCUCCAUAUUUCGGGAAUUUCAGAACUUGCUUCUUUGCCAGAGCAGUUAUUGAAAAAUAAUUCGAGUCUUAUGUAUUUGAAUAUAUGGUUUUGUGAUGAUUUGGUAUCCCUAUCACCACAUGGGGAUGUAUGGGGCUUCUACACUUCUCUUCGGUCACUGCAAAUAUCAAACUGUAAGAAAUUGAGUUAUUUGCCGGAUGGACUGCACACCCUUCGUUCCCUUGAGAAUUUCGAGGUAAGAAAUUGUCCUAAUCUGAGGUCCUUUCCAAGUAUAAAAGGUGUGGCGUUACUUCUUCGAACUCUAGCGAUAUCAUGUAGUGAUGAAGUUCUACCAAUUGGUCUUCAAUCAUGUAUAUCUCUAUCGUCAUUGGAGAUAGAUGAGUGUCCUAAUCUGAUAUCAAUUCCAAAUCUACAGGAUUUGCAUUCACUUUCCUUUUUAACAAUUACAUCUUGUAAAAGAUUGAUGGGUUUGCCAGAUGGGUUAGACUACCUCACCCGCUUGAAGUCUUUGACUAUUGGUGGGUUUUGUGAGGAGUUGGAUUCUUUCCCUAGUCUCAGUUCCAUCCAACCCGCAUCCCUUGAAACACUAGAAUUGUAUGGAUGGGCUAAACUCAACUCUCUCCCAGCAGAUAUUCAACGAUUUACUGCCCUAACACAACUCUGGAUACGUAAUUUUGACCAGAUGGAAGCUUUGCCUGAGUGGUUGGGCAAAUUUUCUUCUGUUCGAUACUUGUAUCUUAGGGAAUGCAAGAACCUGAUGUAUCUGCCAACAGCGGAAGCGAUGCAACACCUCAUCUAUUUACAUAUUUUUUUUUUGCCCCAAAUUAAUGGAAAGAUGUGGAAAGGGAAGCGGCGCAGAGUGGCUCAAAAUUGCCCAUAUUCCAAAUAUCUCUCUCCUCUGAAAACGGAUUAAAGGGUAGUUGUGCAUAUUGGUCCAAGACAGAUCAGAGUGG